AUGCCAAGACAUCUUUUGGUAUUUCGUUGGGGGGGGAGAUUUGAAUUUAAACCUGGUGAGAUCUAAGCCUCUUUCCUUGACCUUCGCCCCCUGCAGGUGUUAGACGGCGCCGGUCUGGAUAUAGACUUCUUCAUCUCCUCACCCUCAGGACAGCUGCUAUACAGCGAUCAACGCAAGUCAGACGGCGUUCACACCGUGGAAACUCUGGAGGAUGGGGACUACAUGUUUUGCUUUGACAACACGUUCAGCUCCAUGUCUGAGAAGCUCGUGUUCUUCGAGCUCAUCCUGGACAACAUGGAUACGGACGAAGACCCAGACAACUGGAAGGAGCACGUCAUUGGGAUAGACACUCUGGACAUGAAGCUGGAAGACAUCAUGGACACCAUCAACAACGUGAAGUCCCGCCUGGGGAAAAGUGUGCAGAUCCAGACGCUGCUGCGGGCGUUCGAGGCCCGCGACCGGAACAUCCAGGAAAGCAACUUUGAGAGGGUGAACUUUUGGUCGGUGGUCAACCUCGUGGUGAUGAUGGUGGUGUCGGCGGUCCAGGUCUAUCUGGUCCGCUCGCUGUUUGAGGACAAGAGGAAAAUUCGCACAUAACGUCACCAAAGCUGGAAGGACAGAAAUCAAGAAACUAACACAUGAAUACGGUUACUAAGGUUGCUCUUUUCUAUGUUUUUUUUUCUACAGUUAUAAGGAGGCCUCUCAGAAAACAACAAACAUUUGCUAAGGACACAUUCAUCCCUGCAGUUUUCUGUCUAAUGGAUCCCAGGUUCUGAAUAACAAUCCUCCCUUUAAAGCUUUAUACUGUGUUGUGCUCCUUCUUAGCUGCUGUUUAUAUGCAAUCAUUUUCCUAAUAAGUGUUACCAGGCUGUAGCCAAUUUGCAAAUAAUGUUUUAUGUGAAAGUAAAUGAAGAAGAGGUUUGCUUCCUGGAUAACUUAUUCCUGCCCAUCAGUCAGGUAGCCUGUCCUCGUGACUGUUGUGAAAUCCAUCUUUUAAACUGUUACCUGUUUACUGUCUGUAUGUUGUUGAAAUCGGCCAUAUUUGGUUUCCCCUCCACUGCUGAACCAUCAGGUGUGCGGCUGCUCAGGUCGGACUGCUGCUAAGAUAAAGACUGGAGUGGAAGAAAAGGAAUCCGCGGCAUCCGUAGCUGCUCAGGGUGUCUUCUUACAGCCCACUGACCCUGUGAAGAUGUGCGCUCCGCUUUUCUCUCGCUCUCUAGUGACAGAAGUCUAUUUCUGUGUGACUGACACCUGGAAGGCCGCUGCCAGCGCCGCUCCGUUUACCGUCAUCCUCGCCUACGUCUGCGCUUUUUCCUGGAUAACUGACAUCUUUGCUGAACUUGUACAUUUUAAAGGGAUGAUUGCACUGCCUUUAAACAGUUUUAUUUGACUAAGGCACUGGAUUUUCAUAGGUGGGUUAAAGGAAGGCUUCAUCAGUGCAGAGACCUGUCCUGGUUUACCUGUUGAAGGUUUAAUGUAUUUUUUUUGCCUUAGAUUCUGCUGUGGUAUCAAUCAGAUUCUUUUAUUUUUAUAUUUCUUUUCUUCACGGCUGAAGCCAAACUCUGUAUAAUUGCUGUAAGUGCAUCCUGAAAGCCGGCCUUUGCUAUUCAGCCUUAUGUUUCUAGUACUUAAAACCUAACAUUCACCAUCUGGGUUGAAAUUAUGCAAGUUUAUUAUGCAACGCUUUACUUUUCUGCUUUCCUGAAUCUAUUUUGCCUUUAAAAAGCGUUUAUCUGCUCAGCUUUCAUCUCUUUAUGUUUGAUGAUAAGAUUCUGGUAUUGUUAUAAUAGAUGUAUAGAUAAUGUUUCUGAUCUGACCUUUUAGAGGAUAACAUUUCUAAGAGUGUUUCUAUGUUACUGAGAAGGAAUAAAGGACUCUGCUACUCUUUAAAAAAAAACAUUUUCUACAUUUUUGAUGGAUCUUAGGAGGGUUGAAGGAACCUGACAUUUAUUCCAAUGUUCUGAACUUGUUGAUAAAGUAAACAAGCCAAACUUUUCUGAUUUGUGCC